CCCGUCUUUCCACGCCUGCUUUCCGCAUUCCACACCCAGUUUCUCCUCUUCUUUUGCUUCCUGCGUUGGGCACCCUCAAAGACCAAAAUUUGCAUCCAUGGGAUUUAUCAGCUUGGCCCUUCUUCUACAGAGCUGCCCACAGUACCAAAGGAUCCUUUAAGGAAUAGAAGGGCAAGCUAGGGUGUAAAACGAAAAGACCACCACUGCCUAUAAUACUGCUGGCCCCUUACCAUGCUUUUCCUCAACUCUUUCCCUUUCUACUCCAUUCCGUCGCCUCCACUUCUCUCUGCCCCCAACGCCAUUGCAGACAGCACCAAGCCAAAGAAGCCAAGCCAAGAACGUCGAUCGGUCCAUGGGAAGGCGGGAUAUGGGCGGGCGGCUGGCGGCGGAGUACCAGGGCCUGGAGGUGAAGGUGCCGAACCUCUUCCGGUGCCCCAUCUCGCUGGACGUCAUGCGGUCGCCGGUGAGCCUCUGCACCGGCGUCACCUAUGAACGCGCCUCCAUCCAGCGCUGGAUCGACUCCGGCAACACCACCUGCCCGGCCACCAUGCUCCCGCUCCCUUCCACUGACCUCGUCCCCAACCUCACCCUGCGCCGCCUCAUCGCGCUCUGGGCGUCCACGGCCGCGCCAUCCGCCAUCGGGCCCCCCGCGCCAUCCGCCGUCGGGCCCACGCCGGCCGCCGCCGCGGCCGAGCUCCUUCGCCGGGUCGCCGCCCCCGGCGCGGACCCCUGCCCCGCCCUCCGAAAGCUCGCCGCUUUCCUCUCCGACGACGACGUCGACGAAUUCGACAAGAACGCGCUGGCGAGGGCCAGCGGCGCUGCGGAGACAUUGGCGUCCGUGCUCCGGAGGGGCGAGAAGGAGGCGGGCCUCGAGGCCGCGGAGGCCGCCGUGCGGGUGCUCGCCGCGAUCGCCACGUCCGACUGCAUCGAGGAGGAGAACAAGAAACGGGUGGCCGCCGCCCUCGCCACCGACGCCGCGUCCACGGUGGCGUCCCUGGCGCGCGUGCUGCGGAGCGGCAGCGCGCUGGAGGCGCAGGUCGACGCGGCGAGGCUGGUGCAGUCGUUGCUCCGCAAUGCCGCGCCGGGCGUGAGCGCGACGGUCGCCGAGUCGGAGGAGCUGGUCGCCGAGCUGAUCCGUCUCAUCGGCCCCGUCAACGAGAAGGGCAGCCUGGACAAGCAUGCCGUGGCGGCCGGGCUCUCCUGCCUCGCAGCCAUCGCCGCGACGCGGCGCUCGCGGUCCGAGAUGGUCCGCCUCGGUGCCGUCCCGGCAGCCGUGCGCAUCCUGAUCGCCGAUGCCGGCUCCCCUAGCCAAGCGCUCCGCGUGCUGGAGGCCGCCGUGGGGUGCGCCGAGGGGCGCGCGGCGAUAUGCGAGUCGGCGGAGUCGGCGAUCCCGGCGGUGGUGUCGAAGAUGAUGAAGGGCGGGAUGGACGGCGCGGAGGCGGCGGUGUCGGUGCUGUGGGCGGUGUGCCACCGGUACAGGGACCGGAGGACGGUGGACGCGGCGGCAGCGUGCGAGGGCGGGCUGACGAGGCUGCUGCUGCUGAUGCAGAGCGGGUGCUCGACGGCGGCGAGGCAGAUGGCGUCGGAGCUGCUCAAGAUCUUCAAGGUGAACGCUAAGAGCUGCCUCGCCGGCUACGACUCCAAGGCCACCCACAUCAUGCCGUUCUGAUGGACCAUGCAAAGCGGAUGAAUGCAUGGAUGGAAGGGAAAUUCUCUGUUUUUUUUUCCUUUUUCCAAAUUUCAUUUCUUGAUUCGGUGAGAGCUGAUAGAGAAGAAAAUAAUUGGUUCCCGGAGACGAAAAAAACCUGUACAUGGUUAGAGGACUUUUGGUAGAAAGAAAUGGAUGAAAAAAGUUUAGCUCAUGCUUCAA